AUGGCCGACAGCUUCAUUGCCCAAGCACAGCAACAGACUCCUAGUGACUGGGAGGCGGCCUCCAACGCAAGGUUUAAAGCCAUGUGGGAGCAGUUCUGGGCCAAACUAGCACACAAGAACUGGCUACCUCAGCCACCAAACAUUGGGAAGAAGUCCAGCAGGCCUGACACAUUGGUACCCGAAGCAGCCCGCAAUACCGAGCCCAUCCACGAGACUGCAUACCGCACACCACGGAUGUGA